CCUCAGGGAUCAAAGGCUGUUUCAAGCUUGACAAUACCUCAGAGGUUUCACAAGUACAAUGACUACACCUGACUUCCUUAUCUUUCCUGGAGCCAUAAACACACCCAAGUCUCUACUUCCUGCUUUAAGAUAACGUGUUCUUCGAAAAGACACCAUUACCACCCCGACCUUUCUGACCAAAUGGAAAGGAAGAACAGAGGCAUGACCUUUUACUGAGAUGGCAUUUAUGACAGGUCAUUCGGCAGGCUGUGCCCUGUUCGAAGUGCAGCUCUUGUUUGUACUCGCCUCUAAGCCUUGUGUUGAAAUGUGUACAAACCGUCAGGUUAUCUAAAUGCAGCUAUCUGAAAGCUCUCCUCCUGAGCUUAUAAGAAAAGGUGCCUAAGAGAGAAGCAAAACCCAGCCUGUGUUGAGACUCACUCCCAGAGGGCUCUGUUUCUACAGCUCUCCAGCCUGAACAGAGAGAGCAGCUGGGACUCCCAGGACUCAGAGGCAAAGCCGAGAGCAAGGGCACUGCUCCUAUUCACAGAAGCCAUGACGAGGACAACCACCUGCGUAUAUCACUUCCUUGUUUGGAACUGGUACAUCUUCCUCAAUUAUUACAUCCCACUUAUUGGAAAGGAUGAUGAGAAGUUAAAGGAAUUCCACGAUGGCGGACGUUCAAAGUACUUGACGCUCCUUAAUCUGCUCUUGCAGGCCAUUUUCUUUGGGGUCGCCUGCCUAGAUGACGUGCUGAAAAGAAUCAUAGGAAGGAAAGACAUCAAGUUCAUCACAUCAACCAGAGAUCUACUUUUUUCCACAUUGGUUUUUCCAAUAUCCACAUUUAUAUUCCUGGUAUUCUGGACCCUCUUUUACUAUGAUCGAAGUCUCAUUUACCCCAAGGGCCUGGAUGACUACUUUCCAGCAUGGCUUAAUCAUGCAAUGCAUACCUACAUACUGCUCUUUGUACUGGUGGAAACCAUUCUCAGACCACACCACUAUCCAUCGAAGAAGCUAGGACUUGCCUUGCUGGGUGCUUGCAAUCUUGCCUACAUUACCAGGGUCCUGUGGCGCUACUCUCAGACCGGAAACUGGGUGUACCCUGUGUUUGCCUCCCUCAACCCACUGGGUAUUAUCAUCUUCUUCUUGGUCUGUUAUAUCCUGAAUGCCAGCAUCUACCUGGUUGGAGAGAAGAUUAAUCACUGGAAAUGGGGUGCCACAGUGAAGCCGUUGAUGAAGAAGAAGAAGUGACUACACACUGUUUUCCAAGAGUCAUAGAAGAAGAAACAUAAAAACUGGUCAUCUGUCUAUUCUCAUUAAUAUUACUCCUUUUGGGAUCAGUGGUGGAAUAGCAUGGGGAGAUAUAAAGGACAGAGAACGGCACCUAAGUUUAAUAAAGGGUAUGAAGGGGGCUUCACUUGAGAUCUUUUGGUUUUCUGAAAGGCUGAUAGACAAUUCCUGAUGUCUCAGAAUCUACUGAUUUUGUCUGUCCUUCAUGGAAGAUUGUUUCUGGCUAAAAAGGCUAAAGAAGCCUGUGUAGACUUGCUGGUGGACUGUUUAGAGGAGGGGUGUGGGGAAAGGAACUUAGAUUCAUCCAAUCACUUCACCUUCAAGGGGGAUAGUGAGGACCCAGAUAAUGAGUUGUUGCAUUCAUCAAAAUCAUUGUCACACUGGAGUAGCAGGGCACACGGGCGCAGCUGAACUCAAGGCUGCCCUGGCCUGCUGAGUAAGACCCUGUGGUGGUUUGAAAGAAAAUGACCCCCAAAGGAAGUGCACUAAUAGAAGGUGUGAUCUUGUUGGAGUAUAUGUGGUCUUGUUAAGGGAAGUUUGUCACUGUGGAGGCAGGCUUUGAAGUCUCAUACAUGCUCAAGGCAUGCCCAGUGAGGUAGACCACUUCCUGUUGCCUGCCUAUCAAGAUAUAAGACUCAACUCCAGCACCAUGUCUGCCUCCAUGCCACCGUGUCACACAAUGAUAAUAAUGGACCAAACCUCUGAAAUGUAAGCCACCCCAAUUAAAUUUUUUUUCCUUUAAAAGA